AUGGAGGGCGCGAUGGCAGUGCGGGUGACGGCCGCGCAUACGGCAGAAGCCCGGGCCGAAGCCGGGCGGGAGGCGGGCGAGGGCGGGGUCGCGGCGGCGGCGGCGGCGGCCUUGGGCCCUGGCAGCUUCCUAGGCCUCCCGGCGCCCUUUAGCGAGGAAGAUGAGGACGACGUGCACAGAUGUGGCCGCUGCCAGGCGGAGUUCACUGCCUUGGAAGACUUUGUUCAGCACAAGCUCCAGAAGGUGUGCCAGCGGGCCACCCAGGAGGCCUCGCCCGCAGCCCCUGCUGCCGGUGCGCUGCUGGGCCAGGAGGUGGUGCCAGCGGUGGCGAGCCCGGAGGAGCCCAUCACUGUGGCCCACAUCGUGGUGGAGGCGGCCGCUUUGACAACAGACAUGAGCCACGCACCUGACAUUGUCGGCGGCGGACACAUCAAAGAGGUCAUCGUGGCUGCCGAGGCAGAGCCGGGGGACGGCGAGAUGGCAGAAGCCCCGGGCAGCCCUGGCCGUCGGGGGCCUGUGCUCGGCGGGGAGGGCGAGCAGGCGCAGGUGAAGCUGCUGGUGAAUGAGGACGGCCGCUACGUGUGUGUGCUGUGCCACAAGACCUUCAAGACGGGCAGCAUCCUCAAGGCCCACAUGGUGACCCACAGUAGCCGCAAGGACCACGAGUGCAAGCUGUGCGGGGCUUCCUUCCGGACCAAGGGCUCCCUCAUCCGGCACCACCGGCGGCACACGGAUGAGCGCCCCUAUAAGUGCGCCAAGUGCGGGAAGAGCUUCCGGGAGUCGGGCGCGCUGACCCGGCACCUCAAGUCUCUCACCCCGUGCACAGAGAAAAUCCGCUUCGGCAUGAGCAGGGAUGUGCUUGUCGGCAAGGAGGACGCGCCCGCAGCCCAGCGAGGGUCUGGCUCCUCCACCGUGGGGACGCUCCCGUCUUCAUCAGUGCCGGGAGAACCUAUGGAGACCUCGCCUGUCAUUCACCUGGUGACAGAUGCCAAGGGCACGGUCAUCCAUGAAGUCCACGUCCAGAUGCAGGAGCUGAAAGGCCCGGCUGCAGAGCCCCCGGGCCCCGAGGAGCUUCCCUGUUCCAGCGAGAGUGGCCGUGAGAACCUGCUGCACCAGGCCAUGCAGAACUCGGGCAUUGUCCUUGAGCGUGUCACGGGAGAGGAGGGGGCCCUGGAGCCAGCCCCUCCCGCCGCACCCAGUCCCCAGACCCUGGGAGACGGUGCCCCAGAGCUGCCACUGCUGGAGGUGGAGCCCGUGGAGACACAGGUGGCCAGUGGGGCCUCCACUGUGCCCAGGACCCACCCGUGCCCUCAGUGCAGUGAGACCUUCCCGACGGCGGCCACCCUGGAAGCCCACAAAAGGGGCCAUGCAGGGCCAAGGCCAUUCACGUGCGUGCAGUGCGGCAAGGCCUUCCCCAAGGCCUACCUGCUCAAGAAGCACCAGGAGGUCCACGUGCACGAGCGCCGCUUCCGCUGUGGAGACUGUGGGAAGCUCUACAAGACCAUCGCCCAUGUCCGUGGCCACCGGCGUGUCCACUCCGAUGAGCGGCCCUACCCGUGUCCCGAGUGUGGCAAGUGCUACAAGACCAAGAACGCCCAGCAGGUGCACUUCCGGACGCACCUGGAGGAGAAGCCGCACGUGUGCCCAUUCUGCAGCAGAGGCUUCCGGGAGAAGGGCUCCCUGGUGCGGCACGUGCGGCACCACACGGGGGAGAAGCCGUUCAAGUGUUACAGGUGUGGCCGCGGCUUCGCCGAGCAUGGCACGCUCAACCGGCACCUGCGCACCAAAGGGGGCUGCCUGCUGGAGGUGGAGGAGCUCCUGGUGUCCGAGGAGAGCCCCACGGCAGCUGCCACCGUGCUCGCCGAGGACCCGCACACUGUGCUGGUGGAGUUCUCGUCCGUGGUGGCGGACACCCAGGAGUACAUCAUCGAGGCCGCUGCAGAUGACGCAGAGACCCACGAAGCCGCGGAGAUCAUCGAGGGCACCCAGACGGAGGUGGACAGCCACAUCAUGAAGGUGGUGCAGCAAAUCGUGCACCAGGCCAGCGCCGGGCACCAGAUCAUCGUGCAGAAUGUGACCAUGGACCAGGAGGCAGGGCUGGGCCCAGAGGCGGCUGCGGCUGACACCAUCACCAUCGCUACACCCGAGAGCCUGACAGAGCAGGUGGCCAUGACGCUGGCCUCGGCCAUCAGCGAGGGCACUGUGCUCACGGCCCGUGCGGGCGCCACUGGCGCCGAGCAGGCCACUGUGACUAUGGUUUCGUCAGAGGACAUUGAGAUCCUGGAGCACGCGGGCGAGCUGGUCAUCGCGUCACCGGAGGGCCAGCUCGAGGUGCAAACGGUUAUUGUCUAGCAUGGCGGCCCGCAGGCUCCUGAGCCUGGGCAGGGGCAAGGAGCCACAGAAAAGGGGGCGUGGGAGUGUAAAUAGUUUUUUGUUGCUUUACAAUAAAACACGAAAACCUGC